AGUUGUAGUUAUGUUGCCAUUAGAUGAAAAAUAUAUAUUAGUCCAAGUAAUUAUGAGAAAUCAAAAGCAAUUAAUUGUCAAAAACAAUAUUCAAGAAAUUAAAAGAGUUUGUGAACAAAAAGGAAUAAAUUACGAAAUUACUUCUAGUAAUUCAGUGAAGCAAAUUUACCAAGAAGAAAAGUCUACUAAACUUAAAAUUACUGACCAGCAAUUAAAAGAAGACUACCAAAAACUAGCCAAGAAUAAAAAUUACGAAAAGGAAAUGCAACUAUGA